GUGAAGUAAUAGUUCCCCCUCAGUAGCGCCCUCCAGUGUCCGCUGUGGAUAUUAACCAGCAGACACUGUUCAACAUCAGUGUGAAGAUGGCGGAGGGUGAAUUGAACGUGGAUAGCCUCAUCUCUCGGCUUCUGGAGGUGCGGGGAUGUCGUCCGGGGAAGAUAGUCCAGAUGACCGAGGCAGAGGUUCGUGGUCUUUGCAUCAAAUCCAGGGAGAUCUUCCUCAGCCAGCCAAUUCUGCUGGAGCUCGAGGCUCCUCUGAAGAUUUGUGGUGACAUCCAUGGGCAGUACACCGAUCUGCUGAGGCUGUUUGAGUAUGGUGGCUUCCCUCCAGAAGCAAACUAUCUCUUCCUGGGUGAUUAUGUGGACAGAGGGAAGCAGUCCCUGGAAACCAUCUGUCUUUUGCUGGCCUACAAGAUCAAAUACCCAGAGAACUUUUUCCUGCUCAGAGGAAACCACGAGUGUGCUUCCAUUAAUCGUAUCUAUGGGUUCUAUGACGAAUGCAAGCGCAGGUUCAACAUUAAGUUGUGGAAGACCUUCACAGACUGCUUUAACUGCCUCCCCAUUGCUGCUAUAAUUGAUGAGAAGAUCUUCUGCUGCCAUGGAGGGCUUUCACCUGAUUUGCAGUCAAUGGAGCAGAUCCGUAGGAUCAUGAGGCCAACAGACGUGCCAGAUACAGGCCUUCUGUGCGACCUGUUGUGGUCGGAUCCGGAUAAGGACGUGCAAGGCUGGGGAGAAAAUGAUCGUGGAGUCUCCUUCACCUUCGGAGCUGAUGUGGUCAGCAAGUUCCUGAACCGCCAUGACCUGGACCUCAUCUGCAGAGCCCACCAGGUUGUGGAGGAUGGCUACGAGUUCUUUGCCAAACGCCAACUGGUCACACUUUUCUCUGCUCCAAACUACUGCGGGGAGUUUGAUAAUGCAGGCGGCAUGAUGAGUGUGGAUGAGUCCCUCAUGUGCUCCUUCCAGAUCCUAAAGCCUUCAGAGAAGAAGGCCAAGUACCAGUAUGGUGGAGUAAAUUCUGGUCGGCCUGUGACCCCACCCCGCACCACCCAAGCUCCCAAAAAGAGGUGAACACCCAACUGUAGCUUUCCCCAUUCCUUGUCAUUUUGUCCAUUCCAGAUCUGACGUUAUGGCAACCCCACACCAACCCUUAAAGAGAGACGAUCUGGGGCUUAUCUGAUAGUCCAAAUCUUCCUCCUCCUCCUCCACUCAGCCAGCCUCUCGUCAGCACCACUGACAGCUCUUUUCUUAAUGUGUGUAUGUGUAUAUAAAUUUGCUGUGAUUUCUCUGUUGGGUUUAUGCUUUAAGUUUGGAUUUUUCUUUUGAUAUUUUUGAAAAAUUUACCUUUUUGGUGGUUUUAAUUCUAACACUGUUUGAGGUUUUCUGAGGUUCUCUGCUGUGUUAGGAAGUGCUUUGUUUUUCUGUCAAAGAACAAUGUGACCAAGUUACAAGAAACCUUUUGGUCUUCAUAGAAAACAAAUGAAGAUUUAACUUAAUUUUGCUUUGACCUUAAGACCAGCAAAAAAUAUCCUCUUGCGUUUUAAUUCGGACUGUUGAUACACUGCAGCACCAAACCAACAGAUGCAAGUCUUAUUUCAACUUAUCACAGCAUGUGUAGUACUCUUAGUGGUUCUUGUGCACAUGUACUUUUUAUUUAUUUAUUUUUUUUACCAUGAAUAAAGAGCACCUUCAUAUUCGUUGAACAGACCAGCUUGAAUGAACAAAUUAGGCUCUUCUGAUUAUGGACAUCCCCUACGCUAACAAAAUGUCUUCUCGGCGUGGGUUUUGUCCACUCCGUUUUGUCUCCCUGUACCUCGACUCUACUCCUUCACAGAAAAAAACUGCUGCUUUCUCACACUAAGCUGGUAUUGACCCUUUUCUGUCAUUUUUUUCCUCAUUUCCCCCUCUAAUCUUCUCAUUUUGUGGUGAGAGCAAGAGAUCUGAUGAGUCUCAUCAGAACAAGUUAUGAAUGUCAGUGGGGUUGGCACGUAUUGUUUUAAAGGUAAUGAUAAAUAACAAAAUCUCAGAAACCACUCAUAAUAGUUUGCUUAAUACCAGCUUUCUUCUCCUCACCCAUUCAGUUGAGGUACAAGGUGUGAAAACGAACAGAGCUGGGAGGGGGCUAGUAGUUUUAGCUUUGCUGUGUGAUUGUGUUGCCACCUGGUGUGUAAAUACGACACUACGGUGCAAAAACAGUGUAAGCCUCAUGUAUUACAGUAAGUCUCUAAAUAGAUGGGAAAGCGUUUUUCAUGACAUUGCCAGUAUAAAAUAUGGUAUUGCUUACUGUUCUGCACUACCACAGUUAUACUAACCAGCUAAAGGUUGGUUGGAGUCUGCUCAUAAGAUGCUUUUGCAUUUGAAAACGGAACAGUUGCUUCUCUUUUCAUUUUCUUAAUUAGUUUUGUUGUAUUUUUAUGUUUGUUUUUUCAUUAUUAAUUACUUUCAGUUGGCUUAAUUUAUUUCCUUGGUGUUACCAAAAGCUGUUUUGCAGUUUGUAAAAGUUUAUUUGAAAGUGAAUACAUUCAAUAAAAUUGAUGAAAGGUAAA